CAGUGAUGAUGGUUAACAUUUUACUGAAGUCAUCGCGAGCUGCCAGAGCCAUCGCAGCACUGGCUGGAACUAAAUCCUAUUUACACAAUCGGGAUCAAUAAGGGAGCACAAGGAAACAACUGCAAGUUAUCGACAGAAAACUUACAUCGGUUCAACCAUGAGAGACAGACUGGGACACCUGAAUAAAGCCCAGACUGAUUCUGAAGGCUUCAGCACUGUGGAGCUGACAGGCCUACCAGAACAUGAAGCAGACUCGAACCCGGAUCUAGAUGGGAUCCUGAAGGAGGCCCAGGGAAUACGUCUGGAAAUCGAGCAGAUCCAGAAUGACAUCAAUGAGCUGAAGGAGGUCAACUACCAGACAUUAAACAAGACUUGUUAUCCUGCUGCCAAUAAGAGGAACUCCAAUGCAAUCGGAGCGGACAUAAAGCGCAGAGGAGAAGCAGUACUGCAGCAGUUGCACAUGAUGAACGGUCUCCGAGGUGAGCUGGAGGCCCAGCGCGGCUCCUCUGACCCUACGGCUCGCAUAGCUCGAACGCAGUACCACUAUCUGAGCAAUGCUCUGCGGGAGGUAAUGUUCAGCUACAAUGAUGUGGAGAUGAGCCACAGGGAGGCUUGUAAACGCCACAUCCAGAGGCAAAUGGACGUGGUGGGGAGGGAGGUCAGCGAGAAGGAGCUGGAGGAGAUAAUAGAAGGUGAGGAGGUGUGCGUCUUCAGCAUCCAUGAAAGGGGGAAAAGCACCAGCUCUGCCCUCAUGAACAUUGAGAACAGACACAGAGAGCUGCUGGAGCUGGAGAAGAGAAUCGAGGGAAUCCAAGAGCUCUUCUUGGACGUGGCUGUGCUUGUUGAGGAGCAGGGAGCAGGAGUGGAAAACAUUGAGAAAAACGUCCAGAGCGUGGAGGUGACCGUUCAGGAGGGCACCUUCAAGCUGGAAAGAGCCCUGGCUUCAGAUAAAAGCAAUCCUUUCAAGAAGAUGUUUUGUGGCUGUUUUCCAUGUUACAACAAAUAACAUCAGUUAAGCUUUUUAAUGUACAAUUAAAGCUAUAUCUGCAGAUACACACAGAAAAAAUAAGCAGCCUACCCCCCAAAAAAACUGCUAAUAGGAAAUAUAAAACCAAAUAUGGCUGCUUUCUCACACAAAAAGCAAAUUUCACAGGAAAGGGCUUAAAACAGAACUUAUCAAACUGGAUCAUCAUUGAUUAAAAUGAUGAAUUGGAAGAAGUAAUUUCUAUUUUCUCAUUGCAACAAUUCUGUUUUUUUAUUAAUUUCUUUAAAUUUAAAAGUGGCCAAGUCUUGCAUAUUUUUGGGGAGAAGCCUGAAUGCUAGAUAGACUGAAAACCUUUGGU